AUGUUGGGUGUUUCAGGGAUCAUAAACAGCUCAGGCGAAGGUGCUGGAGCCCCACCAGAAGGUCACGAAAGUGGCGGAGCAAGCGGUGGAAGUAGUGACGUUGGCGGCGGUGCCACCUCGAUUCCUGGUGGGUUCAGUGAAGAAGACAAGGCCGCGGGUUCAAGAAUGGAGGAGAGUGAGAGGAGUGUCGGUGGCAACCGGUGGCCAAGGCAAGAAACGAUGGCUCUGAUUAAAAUUAGGUCAGAUAUGGCUGUUGCUUUUCGAGAUUCAAGUCUCAAAGGUCCAUUAUGGGAAGAUGUUUCCAGAAAAAUGGCGGAGCUUGGAUUUGAACGAACCGCCAAGAAAUGCAAAGAAAAAUUCGAGAACUUGUACAAGUAUCACAAGAGAACAAAAGAAGGCCGCGCUGCGAAACAAGACGGCAAGACUUAUCGGUUUUUCGAUCAAUUAGAGGCUUUGGAAAACAGUACUCCACAACCUGUAUUGGCGCGGCCUCAGCCUCUGAGUAUGGUGGCGCCGCCACCAAUGCUACCAGUUUCAAUAUCAGGUCCAAAUGCUGUAAUUGUGGCACAAAAUGCUGCUGCCGCUGCGCAAGGUGCAAAUAAUUCUACUUCUUCUUUAUUUCAGCAAUUCCAACCACCACAACUGCAGCAAGCACAGCCACCACCAACAAUGAACACUACUUCUACUACUACUCUGUAUCCUUCUCAAAGCCGUAGUUUUCAGCCCUCUAAUGUGAUAUUCUCAAAUUCUUCUUCUUCAACUUCGUCGGAUGAGGAUAUACAAAGGCGACGCGGGAGGAAGAGAAAAUGGAAGGAUUUCUUCGAGAGACUGAUGAAGGAUGUUAUCGACAAGCAAGAGGAACUUCAGAAGAAAUUCUUGGAAACUUUGGAUAAACGGGAGCGCGAUCGAAUGGCAAAGGAAGAGGCUUGGAGGGUUCAAGAAAUGACACGAUUGAAUCGGGAGCACGAUCUUUUAGUCCAAGAAAGAUCAAUUUCAGCAGCUAAAGAUGCAGCAGUAAUUCAAUUCUUCCAGAAAAUAACUGAGCAACAAAGCUUGCAAAUUCCAAUCAGUAAUGCUAAUACACCUCAGAUGCCAAUUUCAAUGCCGAUGCCAAUGCAGGUACAAGCACCCGCAAAUACCAUGCCACCAGUUCAGCCUCCACAACCAGCAGCUCCACUACAACAGACACCAGCACCGGCUCCAGCACCAGAAUCAGCACCGCCACCAGCUCCAACAGUUGAACAUGUGAUAGUGACGCCAACAAACGUUUUGGAUACUCCAAGAACUGAUAGCAACGGUGGUGAAAAUUUCAUUCCGAUGAGUUCUUCGCGGUGGCCUAAAGCUGAAGUUCAAGCCUUGAUUGAUCUCCGAACAAGCCUUGAUCUAAAGUACCAAGAAAAUGGACCCAAAGGGCCUCUCUGGGAGGAGAUAUCAGCAGCCAUGGCGAGGCUUGGAUACAAUCGAAAUGCAAAAAGAUGCAAAGAGAAAUGGGAGAACAUCAACAAGUACUUCAAGAAAGUUAAAGAAAGUAGCAAGAAGAGACCUGAGGAUUCUAAGACAUGCCCCUAUUUCCACCAACUCGAUGCUUUAUACAGAGAAAGAGCCAAGACUGAUUCUUCACACAAUCCUGGAUUCUUAUUGAAGCUCGAUCAAAAUCCAAUGGUACCGAUUAUGGCUCGGCCUGAACAGCAAUAUUGGCCUCUUCCCCAGGGCCAGCACCAAGAUUCAGCACUGGACGAUCACGGGUGCGAGAAUGUCGAUGAAAACGAUGAUCACAAAGAUGAUGACGAGGACGAGGACGACGAAGACGAAGAUGAAGGUGCAAGUUACGAGAUUGUCACAAACAAGCAGCAAUCUUCAACAACAAACACAAACACAAACACAAUUGAGUGA